CUGACUGCACUAAGGUUCGUAAUCGCCACACUGUUCAUCAAGACACACUGAGAAAACUGUGAAUUACAGUCAAUGAUGGGAGCGGCUCGAGUAAAACGUCGCUUUAGUGCUGUGGUGGAUGGGCCAGUAGAAGAGGAGGAGGUCAUGAGGCUGGCACAGAGUGCUGCAGAUACGGCAAGGGCAGGAGGGAGCCCAACAGGGUCAGGGACCCCGACCAGCCCCUCCCCGACCCACGUCCUCAACGGCAAGGCUCUGCCACUUCAGAGCAACACCAACAAUGCGCGGAGGCAGAGUGCCAUCGGAGAGUCGGCUGCUGGAGACACAGGAGGAGAAGGCGGAGUGAGAGCAGGACGAAUGUGCUCAGGGCCAAGGAGUGGAAGAGGCGGUAGUGUAGGGGGGAGAGAGGAUGGCCGUUCUUCAUCAGAGCAAGAUUCACUCUCUUCCCCGUCCACCACCAGCCGCCGGCGCGGCAGGCGCUCAAGCCGCCGGCCCCGGCAACGCUUUGUGGGCAAGGACGGACGCUGCAACGUCACCUUCGUCAACAUGAGCGAGAGGGGCCAACGGUACCUCAGCGACCUCUUCACCACCUGUGUGGAUAUCCGUUGGCGCUGGAUGCUGGUCAUCUUCACCCUCUCCUUCCUUCUCUCCUGGCUGCUUUUUGGAUUUGCCUUCUGGCUCAUUGCCUCCGCGCAUGGGGACCUCUCCAUUCGUCUUGCCCCAAAUUCGAGUUCCUCUCCAGGAUCAGGAGAAGCUGGAUCUGGAGCAGGGUCUGAUAGAGAGGCAGUCGUUGAGGAGCCAUGCUUCCUCCAAGUUAACAGCUUCAUGGCGGCCUUUCUGUUCUCCUUGGAGACGCAGACAUCUAUCGGUUACGGAUUCAGGAGCGUGACCGAAGAAUGUCCCCUGGCGGUGGUGGCGGUCGUUUUGCAGUGCAUUGUGGGCUGCAUUAUCGACGCCUUCAUCAUCGGGGCAGUCAUGGCAAAGAUUGCCAAGCCCAAGAAGCGCAACGAGACACUGGUGUUUUCUGAUACGGCUGUGGUUUCACUGAGAGACGGAAAACUCUGCAUGAUGUGGAGGGUCGGCAACCUACGGAGGAGCCACCUGGUCGAGGCGCACGUCAGAGCACAACUACUGAAGUCAAGGGUUACACCAGAGGGGGAGUUCCUGCCACUGGACAAUAUGGACAUCAACGUGGGUUUCGACACGGGAACCGAUCGCAUCUUUUUGGUCUCGCCUGUAACGAUUGUCCAUGAAAUCAACGACGAGUCGCCUUUCUUUGAGAUGGACCAGAAAGCCCUGGAGAAUGACUCUGACCUGGAAGUGGUGGUCAUACUUGAGGGUAUGGUCGAGGCCACGGCCAUGACCACGCAGUGCCGUAGCUCCUAUCUGGCUUCUGAAAUCCUCUGGGGACAUCGCUUUGAACCCGUGCUCUUUGAAAGGAAAGAGUGCUACCAGGUGGACUACUCAUUUUUCCAUCGGACAUAUGCAAUUCCAAACACACCUUCAUGCAGUGCUAAAGAGCUGGCUGAACAGAAGUACAUUCAAAGCUCACGCUCAUCAUUUUGCUAUGAGAAUGAAGUAGCCCUGCAACUCGUCUCUCCAGACAAUGAGACCGAACAAGGUCUCGAGUGUCCCAGCCCAGUGACCCGGAGGUCAUCUGUGGUAGAACAUUUGCACUACAACUGACCCUGUGUGAUAGGAGGCCUUAAAGGAAAAGGACCUGAAGUUCAGUCGCAGCUUUAAGAGGAGGUACAGGUUAGAGAAAGUCAGAGAGAGAUGGCUAGGCAUUGUUUGGUCAAGAGAGAUUGAGUUUAAAGUAGACAAAGCCAAUGAUUUGUGAAUGUAUGAUAGGAAAGGGGCAUUGUUAGACAGUCAGGACAGUCCAGAGUGGGAGGAAAGCUAAAGGACAGCAUGUUACAAAGUCUCCAAGACUUGGAGAAGUAUUCUCGUGCAAUUCAAACUAAAACAGAAGGAAAUGUAGGAUCAGCUGUUUGCAGAUUUUGGGUUUGACAAUGACCUAGUUGUGUGAUUGGCCCUGGCAAUCUUUCAGAAUUUGAAAACGUGUCUGCUAAGUCUCACAUCUGGCCCAUUACUACCACAGCACACCCAUCUGUCUCUAAGGCUGGACUGGCAGGAAAUGCAACAGCACCCCAUGGUGGUUACUAAUGUCUAGUACAAUGCAAUUCCAUGACAGAAAUGCUGGCCUCUUCUUUGAAGUGGCUCCUGUAUGCAGUGAAGAGUAGCUUUUGCUACAUGGGAAUUUAUUUCUCUCCAAUGCUGACUUAUCAUUUUCAUGUUUUAUUUGCCUUUGGUAAGUAUGGAUAGCACAUCUUAUGUUCAGAAUGUAUCUUAGUAAUGGACAAGACUACGUACUUGUAGGGCCAAAGCAGAACAACUGUAACAUGAGGAGGAACUGUAAGAACGAGCAGCGGUUUUUAGCAGUUUGUUCCCAUGUUAUGUUGUUGGGCUUUUGUUCUACAUGUCAUGCAAAAAACUUCACUGAUCAUAAUAUUUGUUUUAUUUAAUAUAACAUUUUUUUGUGAGUGAAAUGCCAUGUUUCAGGGUGAGCAUUGUAAGGACUGAAACCACACUGUUGAUACAGCAAGACUGAUCAUUUAAUCACACCAAGCACCGCUUCCUGCACCUCUGUCCAUUAAAUCCAACAUAUUUAAUGCCACAACAACCAACCUGAAUUUUUGUUUCCUGGGAUUUUAGAACUGAUAAUUAUUGGAAAUUACCUGCAGUUCAAUGCACCAUGAUGUUGUUAACUGAAUCCUGAACUAAUGACUUUGGGUUGAAGUCAUAAGAGGACUACAGUCACGCCACAGGAGAGAUAUUCUGUUGAACGUGAUGAGCUGGAUUUACUGUUUCUGCACCUCUGUGACUGCUCACCAUCAAGUGAAUGAGAACUGAACUGGAUACCACACCAACAUCGAAGAAAAUUAUUCUAUUUUUUUUUUUUUUUUUUUUUUGUGCUCAAAAGUCUACGAACUCUCUGCAUCCACAACUCUGUUAUUUAGUAAUGCAUAAUGGUUUGUUUUCUUUUUUCGCAGCCCAUGGGAAAUGCAUAGUAGGUGGUGCCUUCAUAGCAGAGAUUUUGCAACCAGCCCUUCAUCUGCAAAAGUUUAUAUUAAGUUUAAAAUGUGCUUAAAGUGUAGCGGUGUAAUGCUUUUUAUGCACGACUGUUUUUGAUCACUUCAACAUCUGCAGCAUGUUCUAGGUCAGGGAUCUGCAACCUUUACAAGCAAAGGAGCCUUAAUCCUGAACAAAUAAAAUAUGCUUUGAAACUCAUAUUUUUAACCUUCUGUAUUAAGAAAAUACAGCACAUAAACAGGGAAGCUUCAAAUAAAACUGUAGUUUAUGUGUACAAUCAGGAACUGUUGGCAUUUUAAUUCCGUUUUAGCUUUUUACAGUUUUGCUUCUAUUAUUUGUUAAUUUAGUUAAGAGACACCUUUGUCACCACAAAGUUCAAGAUAGAUUUUUUGAAAGAUUGUCUGCUGUGUUACAAUAGUAAAAUUAAUAUGCAAUUGAUUAUUUCCCCAUUUUUUUGUAAUAAAACUACUGGAAGGGCUGAGGAUGGGUUGCAGAUCUCUGUUGGGAUUGAACAUUUCUCUCUGAAUAAUGACUGUGAAUUUACUCAGUAACUGAGUCAUUUCAAGAAGAAUGCACGCGAGUGACACUAAAAGUUUGUAUUAUACUGUAAACUAUAUAAUAGUUACACUUUGUAGUCAUAAAGCACCUGAAAUGUUUUGUUUAUUUUAUUCUUGUAAUAAUUUACAGUAAAUUAUGCCACCUGAAAAUGUAAGUUGCUGAGUUCCAAAUGUGUUGGAAGGAAAUGUGU